AUGGGAUCAUCAGGCGUCUUCGCAAAGACGAUCCUCAUCCCAGCCCUAAUAGCCCUAACAAUCUACAUCCUGGCCACAUGCUUAAUCCUCCCAAUCUUCCGCCGCUACCACCAACGCUACUCCCAGUACCUCCCAUUACACAAUAUAUCAGCCCACACCCUCUCCCUCCGCGACCGCAUAGCCGACGCCAUAAUGCGCUUUUUCCUACCUUCUACCUGGCGGCGCGGCGCGCACAUGGCUGAGCAUGAUACUAUCAGUAUCGACGACGAUGAGGGGGAGAUUCUUGUUGGGAUGGAUAUGGAUGCCGCUAGGCGGGAGGCGUUGGAACGGAGGCGUGGGUCUGUUGCUGAGGCUGAGGGGAGGUUGAGUCGGGAUUUGGAGGAGGGGUUUAUGGAUGAUAGUGAUGAGGAGGAUCACCAUGGUAGUGAGAGGCGUUGA